AUGUCGAACGCCCAUGCACUGCAUGUGCUUAAGGUGGCCGUGGCGCAAAUUUGCCAGACCAUCGGCUGGCACUCCGCACAUUCAACUACGAUGGAGCUGCUUGUCGAUGUAACGCAACACUUUCUGCGUGAAAUAUCGCGCAUCAUGCACCGGUACACUGAGCUGUACAACCGCACGGAACCCAACCUUGACGAUCUGGCAAUGGCUUACAAGGACAUGGGUAUCAACCUGCAGGAGGUGAUGGAGUAUAUUCAAUUUGUGGACCCAAUCCCGCUGGCCCUUGCAGUGCGGCGAUUCCCAAUUCCGAAAGAUUCGCAAUUGAGUUUUAUGAAACCGGGCAGCAAAGAGGUGCUAACGCGUCCGGUUCAUAUUCCCGAGCAUAUGCCUCCGAUUUUUCUAGAGGUUGAGAAUGACGAUCCUGGGCCCGGAGCACUCAUAAACGGAGAGAAACUGAUCGGUGAUGCGGAGACUUACGGGACUUUCCAGUCGAGUGAAGCGGCUGCCGUUGGGGCUGCCCUUGCUAUAGGCGCUCCCAACAUGGUGAAGCUGGACGACAGGCAGCAGUGCGGUAAUGCUCCGAUGUUGACUGAAGAGGCCACAAUGCUGGUGGACUCGCAGGUCAAUGCAGAAAUCGAAAUCCCUAUGCAAACUAUUGAAACUAAAGAUCCGACUGCAUUGACAGCUCGGACGGAUAGUGUAGCUCACUCCUCUUAUGACAACCCUACUGGCAACCCGCCGGACAUGGCAUCAAGCUUCAACGUCUUGGAAACCGAGACGGUGCCAGCAACAGUGAGUAACACCGUAGCCCCUGGUCAGGAGAAGGAGUCGGUUGUUAAAAACACCAUCAACGCGCCGUUUGCUGCAGAAGGACGGCCAACACGCGAGAUAAGCAGCGUCAUAAUGACAACGUCUGGUUUCAUAUCGCCGGCCCGCGCAGGUAAGCUGCCGGAGUCGUGUAUACCAUUCAUACGAGAAGAGAGGCCUCCAAAACCAUCGUCGGGCGCAGCCUUAUCUGUCUCUAGUUCUACUAGCACUGCUGUGACAGCCAUGCUUCCCGUUCCGCCUGUUGGGACUGCUAUUUACGGCGACACGAACAAUUCAGCAACGGCGGAUGGAGUGUCUAGCGUCACACAGCAUUAUGCCGCAGGCAGAAAAGCUCGAAAAAAACCAAUCGAUAAGCAGCGGAAGAAAUCUUUAAAAAAGGCGACGACUGUUGCAUCCCAACCAACAGGAUCGUCACAGCCACAUUUUACUGGAAAGAAGAAUGACACUGUCACAGCAUUGAAACCCACAGCAGCGCCUUCAGAAUUUGCAGACUAUGGAGAACUGGCACACGGAUGUGGUGCGUUAAACACAGCGACUGAAACCAAAGCGCUUACCUAUUUGAAAACGACAGUGCCAGAAUCGUCUAUUUCUGAAGCGCAGCUUACGCCUUCUACUUUACCGAAGGCAACUAAAGAGAAAACAUCGAAAAAACGAAAAACGACCAAGCAGAUGCAGUCGCCAACUAAAAGAACAAGCGCUCAGGUGACUGCGCCUUUGACAAUAGGGUUGGGAAACGUCCAACCGAAAGAGAAAGCGGCCAAACGUCGAUCUAAAAUGUCGAAAAAAAAUUUGGCUCAGCGGGUUAAGGACGAAAGUUUUCUGGAGGCAGCGGCAGCCACGCCAGCAGUGCCUCCUCCGUUGAUUGGACCUUUAGGGUUAAGUGGCGCUUCGGCUCCGGGACCGUUGCUUGUCGCACCUCCCCCAACCACAGAAAAGUGGAUCAUCAACUGCCAUCAAACCACAAACAUCAUCAGCCGAACCGGAGCAGCCUUACCAGCAAACACAAACUCUUGA